GAGAAGAGACCUUGUCAACACUUAUAGUUACUUAAACGGCAGGUGUCAAGAGGGUGAGGCAAGUCUUUUUUCACUGCAGCACCCAGUGACAAGUCAAGGGGUAAGGGGCACAAGCAGGAACACAGGAAGUUCCACUUGAACAUGAGGAGAAACUUCUUUCGUGUUUGGGUAAGGGAGCCCUGGCACAGGCUGCCCAGGGUGGUUGUGGAGUCUCCUUCUCAGGAGGUUUUCAAACCCUCCUGGAUGUGUUCCUGUGUGACCUGCUUUAGCAGGGGUGGUGGACUAGAUGAUCUUUAGAGGUUCCUUCAAACUCCUACCAUCCUGUGAUUCUGAAUGGAGUGAGGAGUGGAGUGGGGAAUGUCAAUAGCCUGAUUCUGUUUUGAAAGCUGGAUAAAACGGCAGAAAAUGCACAAACCUUGAAAAGACACAAAUCAGUAUUGCAUCAGGAAUGGCUGUACCUUCCGUCGUGACGAUCCAGCCGCAGUAUGGCAUGGCCAUGCCUGCUGUCUCGAGGAGCCUUUGGCAGACAGGGCUGAUGGACUGUUGCACUGACUGCAGUGUCUGCUGCUGCGGGAUGUUCUGCUUCCCCUGCCUUGCCUGCCAAGUGGCUGGGGACAUGAAUGAGUGCUGCCUGUGUGGGACCAGCGUGGCCAUGAGGACCCUGUACCGCACCAGAUACAACAUCCCGGGGUCCAUUUGCUCUGACUACUGUGUCACUCUCUUCUGCCCCGUGUGCUCUGUUUGCCAAAUGAAGAGAGACAUCAACCGGAGGAGGGAUCUGGGCAUAUUCUGGUGA